UCGGCUAAUGGCGGCGGCGAGACGAAGCGCCGGGCACAGCGGGCGCUGAAGCUUCUUGCCCCGUUGGCCGCUGGCACCGCCGCAGCUGGAGGAGGCGGGAGUGGGCCGCUGGCGACCCCGGCAGCUGCUCGGGCCGGAGCCAAGAGGCCGCGUCUGCACACCCGGCGGAGCUGAGGGGCCGGGAGGGGAAGAAGGCGAGGGGGAGAGGCGGCUGUGGGGGGCCGCAGCCUCGGGUCUCGGCCGCCACGGAGCCCGGAGCGAGGCUGCUGCUGACGGCGUGUGAGUCAGCAACCGGGGGGCGGUCCUCCCGGAGCUCGGGGGGAUCAUGUCCGGCACGAACAGCCCCGAGGCGGUGAAGAAGCUGCUGGAGAACAUGCAGAGCGAUCUGCGGGCCCUGUCCCUGGAAUGCAAGAAGAAAUUCCCACCUGUCAAGGAGGCUGCUGAAUCAGGAAUAAUCAAAGUUAAAACGAUAGCUGCACGAAGCACUGAAGUUUUGACAGCCUUAAAAGAGAAUAGCUCAGAGGUUGUUCAGCCUUUCCUGAUGGGAUGUGGAACCAAGGAACCAAAGAUCACUCAGCUGUGUCUAGCAGCAAUUCAGAGGCUUAUGUCACAUGAAGUUGUUUCUGAGACUGCUGCGGGGAACAUCAUCAACAUGCUUUGGCAGCUGAUGGAAAAUAGCCUUGAAGAACUAAAGUUACUUCAAACAGUUCUUGUUCUUUUAACAACCAAUACUGUAGUUCAUGAUGAAGCCCUCUCUAAGGCAAUUGUUCUUUGUUUUCGCCUGCACUUUACAAAAGAUAAUAUUACAAAUAAUACAGCUGCUGCUACUGUACGACAAGUUGUUACUGUUGUUUUUGAGAGGAUGGUCGCUGAGGAUGAACGACAUAAAGAUGUUGUGGAGCAGCCAGUUUUGGUUCAAGGAAACAGUAAUAGGCGCUCUGUGAGUACCCUGAAGCCCUGUGCAAAAGAUGCAUACAUGCUCUUCCAGGAUCUUUGUCAGUUGGUUAAUGCUGAUGCUCCAUAUUGGCUGGUAGGAAUGACAGAAAUGACUAGAACUUUUGGCCUUGAACUACUGGAGUCAGUCUUGAAUGAUUUUCCACAAGUCUUUUUACAACACCAAGAAUUUAGUUUCCUUCUUAAAGAAAGGGUAUGUCCACUUGUGAUAAAGCUCUUCUCCCCAAAUAUCAAGUUCAGACAAGGAUCCUGUACUUCAUCUUCCCCUGCACCGGUUGAAAAACCUUAUUUUCCCAUUUGUAUGCGUCUGCUGAGAGUAGUUUCCGUUCUGAUUAAGCAGUUUUAUAGUCUUUUGGUAACCGAAUGUGAGAUAUUUCUUUCACUCCUAGUGAAGUUUCUGGAUGCAGAUAAACCCCAGUGGCUAAGAGCAGUUGCAGUGGAAUCAAUCCAUAGGCUCUGUGUGCAGCCCCAGCUAUUAAGGUCCUUUUGUCAAUCUUAUGAUAUGAAACAGCAUUCUACUAAAGUUUUCCGAGACAUUGUGAAUGCAUUGGGAUCCUUCAUCCAGUCAUUGUUUCUUGUCCCAACGACGGGGACUCCAUCUACUACAACAAAUCAAGCUGGAAAUAAUAAUUCUGGUGGCCCAGCCUCAGCACCAGCAAACUCAGGAAUGUUGGGAAUGGGUGGAGGUGUUACUGUACUACCUGCUUUUGAAUAUAGAGGGACCUGGAUACCUAUUCUGACUGUCACAGUCCAAGGAAGUGCCAAAGCAACCUACCUUGAGAUGCUAGAUAAAGUGGAACCUCCAACUAUUCCUGAAGGGUAUGCCAUGUCUGUGGCAUUCCACUGUUUGCUAGACCUUGUUCGUGGCAUUACUACUAUGAUUGAAGGAGAGUUAGGACAAGUGGAAACAGAGAGUCAGACUACCACUGAAACAGCUUCUUCACCAGCACAAUCAUUGGAACAGCAAGAUUUUCAAUCAGUAUCUGAUCAGAUGGAUAAGGAAACAGUUAGCAGAGCUGUGUGGGAAGAAAUGGUUAAUGCCUGCUGGUGUGGUCUUCUUGCUGCACUGUCACUUCUUCUUGAUGCCAGCACAGAUGAAGCUGCCACUGAAAAUAUUUUAAAAGCUGAGCUGACAAUGGCUGCUCUCUGUGGGAGACUAGGCCUUGUAACUUCAAGAGACGCUUUUAUUACUGCCAUUUGCAAAGGCUCCUUGCCUCCACAUUAUGCUCUUACAGUAUUGAAUACGACAACUGCAGCUACAUUUUCUAGCAAAUCAUAUUCCAUUCAGGGACAAAAUGUUCAGAUGAUCAGCCCGUCGAGUGAGUCUCAUCAGCAAGUUGUAGCAGUUGGUCAGCCUCUAGCAGUCCAGCCUCAGGGGACAGUAAUGCUGACUUCAAAAAAUAUCCAGUGUAUGAGGACUUUACUUAACUUGGCACACUGCCAUGGAGCUGUUCUUGGCACAUCAUGGCAACUUGUCUUGGCAACUCUUCAGCAUCUUGUGUGGAUUCUGGGACUGAAACCUGGUAGUGGGGGUGCCUUAAAACCUGGGAGAGCUGUGGAAGGACCCAGUACAGUUCUAACUACAGCAGUUAUGACUGAUUUACCUGUCAUUUCCAACAUACUUUCGAGAUUGUUUGAAAGCUCACAGUAUCUUGAUGAUGUAUCAUUACAUCAUUUAAUAAAUGCCCUUUGCUCCUUAUCUCUAGAAGCAAUGGAUAUGGCUUAUGGAAAUAAUAAGGAGCCAUCUCUUUUUGCAGUUGCCAAGUUGCUAGAAACGGGACUUGUUAACAUGCACAGAAUAGAAAUUUUGUGGAGACCUUUAACUGGCCAUCUUCUUGAGAAGGUUUGUCAGCAUCCAAACUCCCGAAUGAGAGAAUGGGGAGCAGAAGCCUUAACUUCACUUAUUAAAGCAGGAUUAACAUUUAACCAUGAUCCUCCACUUUCACAAAAUCAGAGGUUACAGUUGCUUUUAUUGAACCCCUUGAAGGAGUUAUCCAGUAUUAUCCACCCUGACAUAAGACUCAAGCAAUUGGAAUGUGUAUUACAGAUUUUGCAGAGUCAGGGAGACAGUCUUGGGCCUGGAUGGCCAUUAGUACUUGGGGUUAUGGGAGCAAUCAGAAACGAUCAAGGAGAGUCUUUAAUAAGAACUGCAUUCCAGUGUCUUCAGUUGGUUGUGACAGAUUUUCUACCAACAAUGCCUUGCACCUGCCUACAGAUAGUUGUAGAUGUUGCAGGUAGCUUUGGACUUCAUAAUCAAGAGCUUAAUAUUAGCUUAACAUCAAUAGGCUUACUGUGGAACAUUUCAGAUUAUUUUUUCCAAAGAGGUGAAACUAUUGAAAAGGAAUUGAACAGAGAAGAGGCAGCACAGCAGAAGCAAGCGGAAGAGAAAGGAGUAGUUUUAAACCGUCCCUUCCACCCUGCACCUCCAUUUGACUGUUUGUGGUUGUGUCUUUAUGCCAAACUUGGUGAACUCUGUGUGGAUCCACGACCUGCUGUCAGGAAAAGUGCAGGGCAAACUCUCUUUUCUACCAUUGGGGCACAUGGAACCUUAUUGCAACAUUCAACAUGGCACACUGUUAUAUGGAAGGUUCUCUUUCAUCUACUGGAUCGAGUUCGAGAAGCUUCUACCACAGCUGACAAAGAAAAGAUUGAGUCAGGCGGUGGCAACAUACUCAUUCAUCAUUCAAGAGACACAGCAGAGAAACAGUGGGCUGAGACAUGGGUAUUAACAUUGGCUGGAGUUGCAAGAAUCUUCAAUACAAGAAGAUACUUAUUGCAACCUCUAGGAGAUUUUCCUAAAGCUUGGGAUGUUCUUCUUGAUCAUAUACAAUCAGCUGCACUCAGCAAAAAUAAUGAAGUUUCUUUGGCUGCUCUGAAAAGUUUCCAGGAAAUUUUGCAAAUUGUUUCCCCUAUGAGAGACUCUGACAAACCUGAGACACCACCAGCAGUUAAUGUACCUGUGCCUGUCCUUAUAGGACCAAUGUCUACUCCUGGUCUGAGUAGGCCAUUUAUGAGAACAGAUUCCAUUGGAGAAAGACUUGCACGAUACCCUGGUUCUGAGCCAUCUAUAGUUACAGAUGAAAUUGAAGAUUUGAAUCUCUGGUGGGCUGCGUGGAAUACCUGGUAUAGGAUUGGAUCAGAAAGUACUAAGCCACCUCUUACUUGUGAUAAACUAACUUUCAUUCCCAGCCAGCCUUUUCUUACAGCUUUAAUUCAGAUAUUUCCAGCUCUCUACCAACAUAUAAAAACUGGUUUCAGCAUGGAUGAUCUUCAAAAGUUGGGUAUCAUCUUACACAGUGCGGUCUCUGUCCCCAUCAGUUCAGAUGCCUCACCUUUCAUCCUUCCGUCAUACACUGAAGCAGUUUUGACAAGUUUACAGGAAGCAGUGCUUACAGCUCUAGAUGUUCUCCAAAAGGCCAUCUGUAUAGGUCCAGAAAACAUGCAAAUAAUGUAUCCAGCAAUAUUUGACCAGUUACUGGCAUUUGUAGAGUUUUCCUGUAAACCUCCACAGUAUGGACAGCUGGAAACAAAGCACAUUGCAAAUGCAAAAUAUAAUCAGAUCCAACUAUUUGCACCGGCAGAAUGGGUAGCCUUGAAUUAUGUACCAUUUGCAGAGAGAUCUUUAGAAGUGGUGGUGGAUUUAUACCAAAAAACAGCUUGUCAUAAAGCUGUAGUGAAUGAGAAAGUACUUCAGAAUGUGAUAACGACUCUUAGGAUACCUCUUAGUUUGAAGUAUGCCUGCCCUUCUGAAACCACAUGGAAAUUGGCAGUAUCUUCUCUGCUCAAAGUUCUGUCUAUUGGAUUACCUGUUGCAAGACAGCAUGCUUCUUCUGGGAAAUUUGACAGUAUGUGGCCAGAACUAGCCAACACAUUUGAAGACUUUUUAUUCACUAAAAGCAUACCUCCAGAUAAUCUUUCUAUUCAAGAAUUUCAAAGAAAUGAAAAUAUUGAUGUUGAGGUGGUACAGCUCAUCAGCACAGAGAUACUGCCUUAUGCUAAUUUUAUUCCCAAGGAUUUUGUUGGCCAGAUAAUGACUAUGCUUAAUAAGGGCUCCAUACAUUCUCAGUCAUCUUCAUUUACAGAAGCAGAAAUUGAUAUUCGAAUGAGAGAAGAAUUUUCUAAAAUGUGUUUUGAAACGCUACUCCAGUUUUCCUUCAGUAACAAAGUGACAACACCUCAGGAAGGCUAUAUCUCCAGAAUGGCCCUCUCAGUGCUCUUGAAGAGAUCCCAAGACGUCUUACAUCGCUACAUAGAGGAUGAGAGACUUAGUGGCAAAUGUCCUCUUCCAAGGCAACAAGUUACAGAAAUUAUAUUUGUUUUAAAAGCAGUCAGUACCCUUAUUGAUUCACUUAAGAAAACUCAACCUGAAAAUGACAGAUUUCCAGGCCCCUUCACCAUCUCCAGAUUGAGAACUCCUGAAGCUGCUGCUGCUUCUUCCUCUACCACCUGGUGAUACCACUGGCGUUUCAUCCACAUGGGCUCUAGACCAGCCUCCUCCUUGUCACAAAUCUCUUUUUCAACCUCAUUUGUUGAUUUAGGCUGGAAAAAUGUCUCACUCUGACCUUUUUUAGGUGGUAUUUUAAAGUUGUUCGGAGGAGAAAAUUGGGAGAGCUCAGCUGAGCACUUUCUUUACUCUGCCAUUUUGGCUCUGCCCCUUGUAAGUCUCGUAUUUAUGCGUUUUAGUAUCAUAUCCCCAACCAAAUGGCAAACCUUUUGAGGUCUUGUUUCCCAUAGCUUGAAGAAUAAUGCUAAGAUUGUAGUGGGCACUUAGCAGAUAUUUAAUUUUCUGAAAACAAAUUGUCAUUUUGUGAUCAAAUUUACCAAGAACAACAUCCAAGUGUAAGCCCUUGAACAUAGGGACUAUUUUCAUUUUUGUCUUUGUACAUCUAAAACCUAACGUAGUCCUUGUUCAUACCAGGACUUCAUGUUUGUUGAAAUGAUGAGUUGAUUUUAGAAAAACAUGGAAAGAGUACAUAAAAUAAUGAAGAGUGAAAUGAGCAGAACCCAAAGAACAUUAUACACAGUAACAGCAUCACUUUGAAUGAUUGUCAUUUUAUGUAUAAUAAAUAUUCAAAUAAGCUACAAAGGUCUUAUGAAGGAAGAUGUUAUCUACCUUUCAGAUAAAGAACUGACAAAUAGAAGUAUGUAUAGUAUGGUUUUAAAUGUAUGUAUGUACACACAUUUGUGUUUACUGGUAACCUUCUCUAGGGUAAGGGGAAGAGGGAGGGGAAAAUAAAUCAAAAGUGCACAGCAGAGAACCAAAGAAAAUUAUGAGAAAGCACAGAAAAGCAGAGUAGCUUUGAAAACGAUGCACAGUACUUAUUAAACAAACUAAGCAGUGUGAAAUGGAAAUUCAUGAUUUUAUAUUGAAUCCUCUUUGUAUGUUGUGCUGUGUACAUGGAAAU